GUGAACAUAACCAAGUACCGAAUUGAUUAAAUCUAGUCAAAUUUCAUCAAACUAAACAAACUUUUACUACUUCUAUUUAAAAAUAUUCUUAAAAGUUAUUCAAACAUUAAAAGAUACUCCAUCGAAAACAUUUGAUAGAAUCCAGCUACGAAUAACCUAAGUCGACGAACGUCUAAUCAACAAACGACACUCCUUGAGGUCUAAUUACAUGGAAUGCAUGACAGAACAUCGAUAGAUAAUCUAUCUACGCAGAUAAUCCCGUAUACAGGCAUGUCAGGAAAAAGGAAGAAAGUUACUGUGACCAUAGAAAAGAAACUAGAAGCUCUAUUCAGAAUCGAUAAAGGUGAGCCAAUGAAAAGUGUUGCUGUUGAUUUAGGGGUAGGAACAUCUACUGUUUCUGAUUGGAAAAAGAAUCGAAAGGAAAUUGAAGAAUUUUGUGCUAAAAUGGUUUCUAGAGAUAGUUUAGGUAAUAGAGGAACAAUAAAAAAAGCAAAGAAUGUAACAUUGGAUGAUGCACUCUAUGUAUGGUAUAUUCAAGAACGUGAAAAUGGUAUACCAGUGUCAGGACCUAUUCUUAGAAAAAAGGCUCUUAGUCUCAAUAAAAAGCUAGGUGGUGAUCCUACUUUUACAGCAAGUGUAGGAUGGUUAGGUAGAUGGAAAGCCCGUCAUGGAAUAAGACUAACCCUUUGCAGUGAAAACUUAUUAGAAGAUGCAGUUACUAAUGACAGUUCAAAUCAAUUAGUGCUAGAAAAUGAUAUUGUAACUGUGUGUUUGUCCACUGAAGAUGAAGAGGACAUUCAAAAUACUUUUAAUGAUAAAUGUCAUCAAAAAAUAACACAUAUAAAUCAUCUUGAAGCAGCAGAAAUGUUAGAAAAACUAAUAAACUAUUUUGAACAACAAAGUGAUAUUUUAAAGAAUGAUUUAGUGACAUUAAGAAAUUUACGUGAUUAUGCAUCAAAAAAAUAUUUAUUGACUUUAAAAGAAAAAACAUCUACUAAUUUUAUUAAAUAA